GGGGGAUCCUACGGCAAACCGUCAAGGCGUCAACACCGUCUUCAAAUUCUCAACGCUUCGCAGCAGAAAUCAGGACAGAGGAAAAGAAUUCUUCGGCAAAGAAUGGCUUCUUUUUGGUCUCUGAAGCAGACAAUCUUCGACAAAGAAGCUCGAAAACGGCAAUAUCAAUCUUACAUCAAAGGCCUCAACGCUUACGAUCGUCACAAGAAGUUCAUCGAUGACUACGUUGACUUCUACGGCAAAGAGGGAUCUGUACCAGAAAAGUUGCCUGUCAAAACUGACCAGGAUACUCUUAGAGAGGGUUAUAGGUUUAUACGGACAGAGGAAGAUGAUUUGGAUCCUUCCUGGGAACUGAGGCUUGUUAAGCGUUACUAUGAUAAGCUAUUCAAAGAAUAUUGUAUAGCUGAUAUGUCACUGUACAAGAGUGGCAAGAUUGGUUUGAGGUGGAGGACUGAAAAAGAAGUUAAAUCUGGAAAAGGACAGUUUGUAUGUGGCAAUAAACAUUGCAGUGAGAAAGAAGAUCUAGCAAGUUACGAGGUAAACUUCUCUUAUUUUGAAGCUGGUGAACACAAACAAGCCUUGGUGAAAUUGGUUGCCUGUGAAAGGUGUGCUGAGAAACUUAAUUACAAGAAUCGAAAGGAAAAGCACCUAAAAGAGCAGGAAAUAGAACAUCGUCAAAGGAAAAGGGGGAGAUUGGAUAAUAGUGAUGAUUCAGAAACUGAAAUUCCCAGCAAUAAGAAUAAGAAAAAAGGUUUGCAUCCUUCUGGUAUAUUUCGGCUCAGAGCAAUUGCUUCAUUCUGAUGCAAAUCUGGCUUCUAGUUAUGCAGUAAAAGGCUUGUUUUCUGUAUAUUAUUGUUAUCUUUUUGUGUGUGACAUAAAUGGUCGAGUCAAUGAAUAUCAUUCAUUCUUAUCUCUGAUCCAAGUCCUGUUUAGCGAUAUUGGAAACAUUCGGUUUGAAAUUAAUCCCCUAUAACAUUGCCAUCCUGGAACUAGCAUUAAAAUAUUGGGCUAUGGCUUCAUUCAGUGGGUAUGUGGGAGGAGAAAAAUGUAAAGAAUUUGGAGUAAGGGAAGGAGACACAUUGGCUGAGAAAGGAAGAUAAAAUAACCGCAGAACAAGUGUGUCUGGGGUAUCUGUGCACAAAUUUGAGGGGGACUGGUGGGUGUUGGGUUUUGAGUUUCUUUAAUCUUCAUUGCCAUUCCCUGCUGGAAGUUUGUUAUUGGAUGUGAUGCUCUUUUGUAAGUGCACAAAGUCUGAACAUUGACAGAAUGGUUUAUUUGGAUGGAAAACAAUCACUUACACAGGGAAAUUAAUGGACAUGAAAUUUACUCGUGAUACAAUGUUACCAUUAUGCAGUAAUAAUCUUUUAAUGGUUUUACUGCUUUGGUUUGGUUGUCUGUUUUGUUUGCAUAAUGGUUAGAUUUUUAAAAUCUAAGGCAAAACUAAAAAGCUCAGAUUACCAUUUGUGUCUUGUGUAUCACUCUAAGCUUUAGGAUUUUGGUACUCUUAUUGAACUUAGAAAGGAACUGACGGUGCAGUGAUUGGGAUCGCAGUUUUAUGAUGAUACUGUUAGGUUUCUGCUUUGUUUUAAAUUCUCAUUAAUGCUAUUUUGGUAUGGAAUGACGGUUCAAACCUGCUUUCUCUGUAGCCAGUACUUUUGGCGCUUGUUUUUCUUUUCUUUUUUUUUUUUAAUUAAAUAAAAUUUUGUUCUAGUUGUAUGUGAGUUUGUUCCUUUGAGAUUUGCUUAUUGUUUAAAGUUAUCUAGGUGAUGGUAUUCGUCGAAUCUGUGAAUGCUAAUCUUGUGCACUGUUAGUUGGACUUAUUUCUUUCUUCAAAUAUUACAUCCAACAAGUGUCACUAUAUAAUUGUAGUACAAACUAUGAAAGACGUGCCUCAUUUCUAAGUGUAUUGGAUAUUACCAAUUUUUUGUCGAAAUUUGUCCCUUUUUCAGUAGUUUAACUUCAUUAACGGAAUGCAAAUUCUGUGCCACUCUUUGCGUUAUAAGAACUCGACAAGUUGUUCUGCUUGAUUUGCCGUUAACUCUUUAUCUUUGCUUGUUGUUUUUGGGGAAAAAAUAAUAUGCUGGGAGGUCCUGUUUAAGUUCGGGAGAUUGCAACUGGGAGGUCCUGCACUUGGGGAAAAAAUAAUAUGCUGCCUAGUCUUUAAGGGUCCAAAUCUUAGGUUAGUUUUUUAUCUAACUUAACAUGGAAAGGUGGUAGCCAACCUUAGUUUUAUUUGUUUGCAGCUGCUUCAAGUAACUGUUUAAAACCAUUAUCUGUCUUAUUAUUUGUCUGUUCAUGUCUUUUAAUCUUUACUCUUUUCCAGCAACAAAGGCUUCGAGUUCUUUUAAGGACGAUAAAGUUCACGAUGAGGAAAACUUUGAUGAAUUUCUCGAAGGCAUGUUUCCUUGAACGAGAGUGGUAAAUGUGAAAGCCAGGGGAGGAUAUUAAGGUUUGUUUCGAUUAGACUGUCUUACAGUUUUAACUCAGUUGCACUUAUUGGCAAAUUCUUAAGAAUCAACCCCAUGUAUCAGCAUCUUACAGGAACUAUAAUUAGCAUUGAUAGAAGCAAGGUUCUGAUCAUAAACACCCCAGGAUAUCUUUGGUUUACAAAUUGAAUGACGGCAGAACAAAAUUCUGGCGUGAGGAUGGGCAUUCGUUUGAUAAUUCUCAAAAUGAACAAGACGAGGAGUUCAACAACUAGAGUCUAGAGGCUGAUGAUCAGUUUAGUCAGGAGCAAACCAAGCCGUGAGUUCUUAGGACUUUUAGUUUUAGCAGGAUUUGAGUGAAUUCUACAAAUUUGUAGAAGGUGACUUUAUUUAUACGGAUUUGAUUGAACUAUGGAUAUACCAUUUGUGCUUGUGAUCAAAUGCACAUCUAGUUAUGUAAAUCCUCGUAUCAUGACGUUAAAACUUCCUUAAUCAAAUCGUAUAUACACCUUGGAGUAUAUAUAUCAUAACUUUACUUCUAAUAUGAAUAGAUUAAAGAGUAAAAUGUCCAAAUAGUCCCUUACAUUUGGACUUACUUGAAUUUAC